AUGACCGCCUCACCACCCACAUCACCUUUACAAUCAUCAGCAUCAGCAUCAUCCAACUCAUCACGCGACACUACUUGUGGAUUGCCUUUUCCCACCGAGGAAGAUGUCGACGAACGUCUCGAAAUGAUCAAUCAGCUCAAAUACUUUUUGGCAACAGCACCAAACGAGUGGGAUGUGCCUGCCAGUGAACCACCUAUCAAACGUCAUAUUCUUCCUUCGGGCAACGGAGAUGCCAUUUCUUGUGUCCAAUGGAAGUGUGCCUUUUUCAUCUCGGGCACCGAUAUUGUACGAAGCCUUGUCUUUCGCUUUCAUGCAUUUGGUCGCCCCGUACAGAAUCUCAAAAAGUUCGAGGAAGGUGUCUUUAGCGAUUUGCGUAAUCUGAAGCCUGGCACAGAUGCAACACUCGAAGAACCCAAGUCGCCAUUCCUUGAUUUGCUAUACAAGCACAACUGCAUUCGCACACAAAAGAAGCAAAAGGUGUUUCAUUGGUAUGCUGUUCCUCAUGAUCGACUCUUUCUUGAUGCUCUGGAACGUGACCUCAAGCGUGAAAAACUUGGCUUCGAACCAACAUCGAUGGCUGUUGCCAACCCUGCUAUUUCCAUUUCCUUGGAUACCACUCAAGCCAUGUUUGACGAGUUCCGAAAGCACUUGUUGAGCGACCUUGACUUGGAUGCAUGUUUCGCCAACGACAAUAAUAGCAAUACCACCACCACUACUACCAGCAACAGCAAUAGCCCAAGGUGCACAUUUUCGCCACAUUCAACAUCAGAUGAUCAACCCAUCAUGCUGCCUCGUCCACUUUCAUCAUCCCAUUCUGCACCACUUUUAUCAACAACCACCACCAAUAGCACUGCUACGACACCAAGUUGGCAACAUGAUUCAAUGUCAUCAGCAUCAACAUCACCCGUAUUACGCAAGGCAUCCAGUGUAUUUGGUCACUUUUCAUUGUUUGAGGGAUCACCUACCUACAAGCAACGUCGUCGGCGAACCACUUCUUCAUCUCAUGCAAGCUAUACUCGAGCACAGGAUCGAUACUAUAGUCAUCAUCAUCAUCACCAUCAUCAUCAUCAACGACAUCGUGCCAGCGAUUUAGUGGAUGAUCCUGCAUCUCGACUAUAUACUUGCCCUCUUGGUUCAUGUGGGAAACUAUUCAAGCGACUUGAGCAUCUUAAGCGGCACCUUCGUACACACACCAUGGAACGCCCAUAUCUGUGCAGCCUAUGUGGCAAACGAUUCUCUCGCUCCGACAAUCUUGCUCAGCACAAAAAGACGCAUGAACGCCGACAACGACCUUUUACACGCGCUGAUGGACAUGAUCACAAUGGUGGUGGCAACAGCAGCAACAGCAGUGAUCAUGAUAAUGACAAACGAGGCAGCGAUGGUGGCAGUGGCAAUAACAAGGAUGAUACCCGAGAGGAUCCUACAGCGGCACCACCACCCACAACGGCAGCAGCAGCUUAUGGCACGACUGGUUUCUAUUACAGUGACACAACAAACAACAACAACAACAACAACAAAUUGGGCGUUUGGACCAAUUUCUCAUCAGCAGCAUCCUCUUGCUACUCAUCACCCACCGUGGAUACCCCCAUCCCAUCUUGCUCUUCUUCAUCAACAACCACCACUGCAUGCUCAUUUUGGGAUCAACAGCAACAACAACAACAACCUUUGCCUCAGAUCAAGACCGAAUGGCCCCAAUGGUAUGAUGUACCCAUGGACUACGACUUGACUUACAACACCUUUGAUGACAAUGUUUACUUUGAACCCUUUGCUACUUCUACCAUUCGUCCCACAGAUGCACUCAUUCAUUAUUAA